AUUCAUACCUGCACCAUGAAGUUAGUCGCAGUCUUCAUGCUGUUCGGUGGCAUUGCCAUGUUGUCGCAGUCCUCAGUGGGUGGUAAAAUAUGCUCUCCUGUGGCAGAUGAUGUCUUUCUGUUUACUAGAGGAUCGAAAGAAGCGUAUAUUAAGUUAGUAAAAAAACAUACAAAUAACCAGAAAAUCAUAGAAAAUGCCGAAAAGCUGAAAACCUGUGUGGAUAUGAAGCUGACAGAAGAAGAGAAGGAUGCUGCUUUCCAUUUGGUGAAGAAAAUAAAUGACAGUAAGGUAUGUAGAUGAAGACCACACAACAUGUCAAGUGAUUGAAUGCCUGGCUUUAUCCUGACUCUUCACACUUUUGCCACUGGCUGGUGAAGACUGAAUCAAUAGUGCUUCUCCUCACCUGUGCUCGU